AGCCAGUGACUCAGCUGUGUGCAGAUACGCGUGUUCUAUCUGUAGGAAGAUACACUGAGAUGAAGAAAAAAGCGGCAAUUCUCGUGUUGGUCGUCGUUGUGUGUAUUUCUGUACUGCUUCUCCCGCUUGAGGUGUGGGAGUCAGUUAACAGCAACGUCCACAAGAUGGCUUCGUCAAUGCAUAAGGCGGGGGCCAUUCCUCAAACAAGCAAUUUACACAAGCAGAUACAGGCUCAAAAGAAGGAAUCGCAUGAUAUUGUCCCACCAGAAAGGCAAGCAAGGGUUGAUAAAAUUGAUGGCAAUGACAAUUCGCCACUCAAAUACAUUCGCAAUGAAGGAUUGGUUGUCCUCCCGUCCAAGGGUGAGAUUGAGAGAAUGUCAGCCGAGGCCGCCUUCAGAACGUAUCACAGUUACCUUGACAACAUUGACACCGUAUGUCACCGGAAGUUGCGAAUGGGCAAUAUCGGAGAUGGCGGAUGGGAGAUAUGCGACGACAAGGAGUACCGUCCAGUAAAACCUUGCAUUGUAUAUUCCUUUGGAAUCAACGGUGAUUUUUCCUUCGACGACGAUACAGCCAAAUCCUAUGAAUGUGACAUAUUUUCUUUUGAUCCAAGCAUGAAACAGGCCAGUCACCAGAGGUCCAAGCAUGUUCGGUUUCUGAAGAUAGGGAUCAGUGGGACUGACAAACGCAAUGGAGCGUGGGAACUUCACACACUUCGUAGUUUCAAGAAAAUGCUGAACCACACAGGGAAGGUGAUAGAUGUCCUCAAGGCCGACGUUGAAAGUGCUGAGUGGCCGUCACUGCCGGAAAUGAUGUCAUCUGGGGAGCUCUUCAAAGUCAAACAGUUGCUGAUAGAAUACCAUGGGGGUUGCGGUAACAGAGAUAGUUGCACAAAGACCUUGAAGAUCUUAAAGGAUAUCCAUGAUGUUGGCUUCAGAAAGUUCUAUGUCCACAAAAACCCCGCUUGUGGUUUUAGAUCUAUUCUAUUUCCUGUCAUUAGGACACUUUGUUAUGAAAUUCAUUAUGUCAACAUCAAUCAUAAUGUACGUUCUUAAACGUCGUGUCCCUAUUGUCUAGCUAAAUGAAGAUGGACUGUAAAUAAUCGAGUCAGGACCAGACAAACCAGUGAUUCAUUUGGAACAAUGGUCUAAGCCGCCGGAGUACGAUGACACUUAUCAUUCCGAAAGAAGGUUUUUCGUACCAAUACUACAAAAUCAGAACAGAAUGUCCUGUCAGGAUGUAACCAAUAAAUAAGCAUUUAUAGCCAA